ACGUGCACGUACCGCCGGUGCCUCUUGAGCUUGCAUGGUAGAUCUGCAGUCGUGAAGACCAAAGAAAACUCAGGCCACUAGCUAGCCACUUCAAACAUCGCGUGAGGCGUUGCAUAAUCGACUGCACGUGCGAGAGGCAGUCACACCGGACCUCGCGUGCGCCCUUCAGUCUUCACAUUUUGACCCCUCUCCCUCCUCCUGUGUCAUGUCAACCAUUACUUGACAGCAGUAUUAGUGGCAGUAAUGCAGAAGCGCAGGCGAAGCCGGUGUGCAUGAGAAAAUCUUGUAACACCUCAAGAGAAUGUUUCGGUUCUUCUCAGUCAGUGCUCUUAGUAACUUACUUCCUAGCUUAGCGAUUUCGUUCCUGUGCCAUUUGCUGCCUGAAGUGAAGUGUGGAGCUGGAAGAGGAAGCGGUUCGUAGCGCGUCUAAUACUCUUAGCCUAUGCUGCCCUGAAACGUAAUUCCGGGCAGGUGUAACUGUAAAGAAAUUUCUUGACGGUCAUCGCGGCGCGCUGGAUUUUAUCAUCUCCUGGUAAAUUUGUGCUGUUAGAAGGAAACAUGAAUGCGUCCACUGAUCAUUUGUUAGCUCCUAUCUUUCAAACGGAACCGCGUUUCGUGCCCUCAUGGAGUCCGAACGCGGACCCUCGUGUGAGCCAUUUGCCGCUGAUGGGUGGGUUUCACGAACCCUUCAUUGUGAUUUCUACCUAUUUGCUGAGUAUAUUCGUCGGGCAAAAGUUGAUGGCUAGUCGCGAAGCAUGGAACUUGAAGUACGUGCUGAUUGUGUACAACUUCUGCUUAGUAUUGCUCAGCUUGUAUAUGUCUGUGGAAUUUGUACUGGCCGCGUUGGACAACGAUUCCAGCUGGUACUGCGAGCCAGUCAACUACAGUACAGAGAGAGCACCUACAAGAAUGGCCGUGAUAUGCUGGCUGUACUAUUUCUCCAAGAGCAUUGAGCUGAUCGAGACCAUCUUCUUCGUCCUGCGCAAGAAGAACAGCCAAGUGAGCUUUCUGCACGUGUUCCACCACACGUCCAUGGUGCUUGUCUGGUGGAGCGUAAGCCGAUGGAUUGGAGGAGGAAUCACCUUCUUCAGCGCAUUGAUCAACUGCAUUGUUCACGUUGUCAUGUACACCUACUAUUUCCUGUCAGCAUUCGGCCCGGCCGCGCACCCGUACCUAUGGUGGAAGAAAUAUAUAACCACGUUUCAGCUGCUCCAGUUCGUCACGUUGACGCUACAUGAUCUGUACGUAUGGGGUGCUGACUGCGGCUACCCGACUGUGUUUGCAAUGUCCAUGGCAAUGUACAUGAUCAUCUUCUUUGCGCUAUUCAACAGCUUCUACCAGCUAGCGUACCGCAAGGCGGCACCCAAAGAAGACAAGAAAGCCAAGUAACGUUAGCGGACAGGAAGGAAGGGUCCUAUGAUAGGGCUUUGAAAUUCUCUUUUUCCUAUAUUUAUUACUUCCUUUGUUGGAAGCAAUCUUUCUUUGACUACAUUCAGCUGCUCGGAACAGAGGAUUUUAUAUUUAUGCCUGCUUGGAUUCCACUAUGCUGGAAGGUUCAAUUUGCUGUCAUUAGCUGUGAGAUUUUUCACAUCAAAUGGUCAUCAUAACCCAUUCCCCCUAUGAUCUCUUUGUUGCUCACAAAACUACAGAGAUUGUGUAUUAUAUUGAUCUAUCCAUUUCUCUUCUUGAGUAGCCCCAUAGCUAGUAUUAUUUUGUGGAAAUUAUUGAUAAAUCUUGAAAAAUGUAAAAUACUUUCGUAA